AUAAAUAAUCUGCAUUUUGUGUAGGCGUUUGGCUAUGGUGCACCGGAGAGUUAUGUUUACCCACAUCGAAAAGGAGGACUGGGAGAUAUGCCAUCAACUGGUGGUGAUAUCUUCAUUCAUGCCAAGAGUGACAGUUACAGUAACUUAUUUGAGCUUGCUAAACAAGUGGUUGGUGCUUUCCCACCAAACAGUAUUGACAAAUUUGAAGAUGUAUUCAGUUUUGUGUACGAAAAUGGAAAGGAUUUGUCUGGGUUUAUUGAUGGAACUGAGAACCCUGCUGAUGAAGAUGAUAGAAAAGCUGUUGCUGUUGAUCAUAAUGGUGGAAGCUAUGUCAUCACACAGCGUUGGAUUCAUAAUCUUGAUUUAAUAAAGAACACUCAAGGUAUGACGAUGUACUACUGUCAAUACAUCUUGAUUCAUUUUAUUUCGAACAGUAACUUCUUUGCAUUUUGAGUUGUCUUUUA